GACCACCGGGCUCACCCCGGAUCUUCUCAACGGGAGAAAUCCAGGAACCCCAAACACAUUGUAGUCCUGCCUGGAGACGUUAAGCCCCUGAUUAAAUUUAGAUGAAGUAUAAAUACGAGUGCCCUCACUGUAUCUGCCCGGGGUUAAUUAAGCCGCCUUUAGGCGCGUGGAUUAUGUAAUUAAGAGGCCUUAAGUUUUAACGACAUCCUGCUCGUCCCUUUAACGAGGCAAAUUCCGGACUCUGCUUCCCUUUUAUCUUUUAUUUACCCGGUGGAUCGACAUAACUUCGGUCAAACGAAUUUCGAGUUUACGCCCCGCGGGGUGGAUAGCGAUAGUCCAGCCUGUCAAUUUUGAUAACGGCUAUCUCUGGCAGGACUCGAUCGAAAUUAAUUUCCUGGAGAUCCUGGGAGAGUUCGGAGGUGGUCGCGCUGUCGAUGUAUAACCUCAAUGUGACAUAACUCGAAUACCUUCGUUCGGUAACCCGAGGGAAUUGCGGUAGAUGCGUGGAGUAAUUUUUCUAACCUCCAAACUUUCACAUCGUGAACCGAAGGCAGAUAUUAUGCAAUGCGUCCAGACUUGCUUCAGGAUGAGGUGAACGGUGGAAGUUCCGGUCGAGGAAGCGAUUCUUGUCGGGUAUUCCAGAAACUCAUGAAUGUUACGUCGUAGAGGUUUUGAGAAUGAGAACUUGUUGAGGAGGGAUGUCGAGUUGCCGGAGAAUGACUUCCUAACACAAACGAGACCGAAUUUCAAUAAUCGAAGGCGCGGAGGUGGUAAUAGACGUAUGACAAAUGAUUGAAGAAUGAAUGAUAUCGAGAGCAUAGGCAUGAGUGGUGGUGGAUCAAAAAUGCCUCACAGUCAUUCGACGCCAGCUGGGGUGGACGGCGGCAGCCGGACACCACCAGCUACCCCAAGGAAAGCUGGGAAGAUGCUUGCCGUUCGGGUCCAGAUGCUCGACGAUACGAUCACCAUGUUUCAAGUACAGGCUAAGGCAUUGGGCAGGGUCCUCUUCGAUCAGGUCUGCAAGCAGCUGCACCUCCUCGAGGCUGAUUACUUCGGCCUCGAGUAUCAGGAACCCAAUGGAACAAAGUACUGGCUGGAUUUAGAGAAGCCGGUGUGCAGACAAGUGGGGCUCUCGCUGGUCGACCCGCUCCUCAGAUUUUGCGUUAAAUUCUACACACCUGAUCCUGCCCAACUGGAAGAGGAGUUCACCCGUUAUCUGUAUUGUCUUCAAAUCAAGCGGGAUCUGGCCCAGGGAUUGUUACAGUGCAAUGACAACACGGCGGCCUUGAUGGCCAGCUAUAUCGUGCAAGCCGAAUGCGGGGACUACGUAAUCGAGGACUAUCCUGACCAUACGUAUCUCUCUACGUACAAGUUCGUGCCUCACCAGGAUCAGGAAUUGGAACGGCGCAUCAUGGAGAAUCACAAGAAACACGCAGGUCAGUCCCCCGCGGAAGCCGAUCUCAAUCUUCUCGAAACGGCGCGGCGAUGCGAGCUCUACGGAAUUAAAAUGCACCCGGCCAAGGAUCACGAGGGGGUGCCGCUGAAUCUGGCCGUGGCGCACAUGGGCAUCGUGGUCUAUCAGAAUUACACGAAGAUCAAUACCUUCAGUUGGGCGAAGAUCAGGAAGAUCAGCUUCAAGCGGAAACGUUUUUUAAUCAAGCUUCAUCCCGAGGGCUAUGGUUAUUACAAGGAUACCGUUGAGUUCUUCUUCGAGGGUCGCAACGAGUGCAAGAACUUCUGGAAGAAGUGCGUCGAGAAUCAUGGAUUUUUCCGCUGCUCCGUCGUCAAACGAGUGGUACGACAGAAGACGAGAGUGCUGAGUCGGGGUUCCUCCUUCAGGUACAGCGGCAAGACGCAGAAGCAAAUAGUCGAGUUCGUGCGCGACAACUACGUGAAGAGGCAAACCUUUCAGAGGUCCAAUUCGUUCCGGCAGACUAGCGGUGGUAGGGCAUUGCAGGGCUCGGAGGGGGGAGGCUAUCGUGGGGCCACUCCAAGCAGCUCCCUUAUGGGCAGCUCCAGCAUCUCGGCCCACCCCCUCCUGCCCCUCGGCGACCCCGCUCUGGAAACGCCAGCUCUGUCUCUGUCAUGCGGCUCGAUGACGCUGGAUUCUCCGACGACUGUGACGAGUGUCUCGAUGGGAGGGACGAGUCACCGUCGCGACGACACAGCUAUGUCCUUUCGGACGCUCACCUCUAUAGACGUCCACUCGCCGGCCACGCCCAGCCAGGUGCCGGCGCAGCGGCAGUCCCUUGCUAUCGGUCCGCAGCGGAUUUCAUCAACAGAUACGGAAACGGAAAAGCAGGACCUGCCUUCCAAGCAGAAGAACAACAAUUCUGUCUUCGCUGCCAUGAAAACGCCAGAGAAACGUGCCAAUGGGGUUGCCGAUAUCAGCAGUGUCAGUAUUGUCAAUACCCCGGAUCUCAGUCCUAUUAAAAACAUGAGGAACGGGGACGUCGACGACGCGGAGAUCCGGAAGACGAAGAGAUGGCCCACCGACAAGGCCUACUACAUCGCCAAGGAACUCCUCAUGACGGAGCGAACGUACAAGAAGGACCUGGACGUCAUCAAUGUCUGGUUUAGAGAAGAGGUGUCGAGAGAGGCGGAAGCGGAAGGAGAGGCCGUGGUGACUUUGAUCGAGCUUUUGGCCGACGUCCAUGGUCCUUGUCUUCAAGAAAUGGAAGCUCGAUUGGCCCGCUGGGAGAGCAACGCCAGGCACAACAUCGGCGACUUCCUUUACAACACUCUUCUGAACGUACUUCCGCUUUACGACCAGUACCUGGAGAACCUCAUCCCCGCCGUCGAGAAGAUGGAAUACGCGAUGCGAACCUCGAAACGAUUCGACCAGCUUUGCCGGGAUUUUGAGUCGCAGAAGCACUGCUACCUCCCGCUGAGCUCAUUCCUUUUGAAGCCCUUGCAGCGGCUCUUGCAUUACAACAGUAUUAUCGAUAGUUUAUUAGACCAUUACCCGAAGGACCACACCGAUUUUGAAGACUGCCUAGCAGCCAGAGACAGGCUCGGCGAGACGCUGCUGGAAGGUCUCUCGGUCCUGAACCAAGCGGAGAACCUGGUCCAGUUGUACGAGCUGCAGAGAGACAUCAGCGGCUUCAACAACCUGGUCCAGGAAGGUCGCAGGUUCAUCAGGCAAGGAUGCCUGCUAAAGUACAGUCGGAAGGGCUUCCAGCAAAGGAUGUUCUUCCUGUUCUCCGAUGUAUUGUUGUACACAUUCCGCACCCAGCAGCCGACGCAGUGCUUCCGGGUGCACGGUCAGCUUCCCCUGAAAGGCAUGAAGAUCCAGGACGGAGACAACAAGACCGGCUCGGAUUUCGCAUUCGUCAUCUACGGGCUGGGAAAUCAAUCCUUGACGGUGGCGGCCAGCAACGAGGAGGAAAAAGAAAGGUGGCUGGAAGACUUGAACAUGGCCAUCCUGCAGGCCGACACGGCUGACGGGAAGACGCCCUACCUAAGUCUAAAGUCUUGCAUUUUAGGCUCGACCGAUGAAGUUGCCGACGGAAUAGGCCUCGAGGUCGAUAGGACGAGCUGCGGAGGAGCCAAAGCCUCGCAGCGCAGCAACACGACCGUCCAUGUAUGCUGGCACAGAAACAUGAGCAUCAGCUACAGCGAUCACCUCCGAGCGUUUCAAAACCAACUCAGUGGCUUUCUCCUGAGGAAGUUCAAGAACAGCAACGGUUGGCAGAAGCUCUGGGUGGUGUUCACGAACUUCUGCCUCUUCUUCUACAAGUCUCAUCAGGAUGACUUCCCGUUGGCUAGUUUACCGCUCCUAGGAUAUGCCGUGUCGACUCCUUCGGAGAAGGACGGCAUCAAUAAGGACUUCGUCUUCAAGCUGCAGUUCAAGAGUCACGUGUACUUCUUCAGGGCGGAGAGCGAUUACACGUUCGGGAGGUGGAUGGAAGUUAUCAGGAGUGCCACGCAACAGGGCCAUAUACCCGUAAGCUUCAGUCGCAAAGAGGACUACUGAGUCAUCGCGUCUUUCAAGAAUACUCUUCACGCAUAGUUCUCCUCGGAGAGUCUUCUUUUGGAUCUUCCGUUUUCGAUAAAAUUUUAUGAAAUUGUCGGGCGAAUGUUUGCGUUCUUAAUGAACGUCCAAGGAAUUUAUGCAAUGAAACUGUGCGGCCUUAUUCGUGAUAUAAUGUAGAAUUUUUAAAGGAAAUCAGGGAGGAGAAGAGCUUGCGCUUGCAGAUUGAAAUUCAAAGUAAUUCGGGCAUUAUUUACCCCUAGUUUGCAUUUAUACAUAAACAAAGCAGGUACAAAGCUACUCUUAUUUGUAACAUGAGUCUCACGUAUUAGAGUGUAAGCUUAGAGAGACAAGAAACGCGAUAAUCGGUGAGACGAGCACAGCGACCGAUGCGGAAUUUUCUAAUUUGAUUGUUAAUUAAGACACUUGUAUAUAGAAGGGAGGAAACCCCGUAAUAUCGUUAGCCUAAUCGAGGUACACAUUUAAAGAGUAUAUUAUUGGAUCAAUUUAAUAAUGGAAUUUAUCUCGUAAGUUAUGUCUUUAAAAAGACAAUAAUUUUGUUAGCGUUUCUAUCACUUUUUUGGGAUAUGUUUACCGACGAAGAAUAGUUAUUUACAAGGAGGCGUCAUUAUUUAGGGCUAGGAGUUUUACACGAAUUUUCCAAUUUUUACUCGGAAUUAUGACCACGCGAUAGGAUCUAAUUGCGUUAGUGACAAUUAAGACUGGCUAAACGACCACCCUGAGAAUUGAGUACAAUCGUAAAUCUACGAUCCAAUUAUGAAUCUGCGUUGAUGAAAAUAAUGUGUUCGUUAUCACGUCCAACCGUUCCAACGUUUCGUACAUAAAAACUGAUCUUUUGGUCAUUUCGCGAGGACCUGUAUUAUUCAACUCCUCGUUAAGCAAUAGUAUACACCGCUAUUUAUGAAGUUCCAAAGCUAAAGGAGAGAAAAAAAAAUCCACGCUACAUUUAUUUCCUGAACUUAUUGCCGACGCAAUUAGUCACGCUGUAAAUCUUAUGCCUAACAGUAAGUUCACUUAAUAAAUCCCGGAAGACGCGCUGUUUCUGGCAGUCGAAAGGAUCUUGUAACGAGACAUCGAAGUUGUUAAUUGUAUGUAAUGUCACGACAAAAGUAAGCAAUAAACUUUAUACACCAUGA